AUGAACUAUAAUAAAAUUUCACUUUAUAUAAUAAUUUUUUGUUUUUCCUUAUCCUUUUUUCACACAUUUAUUGUUAUAAAAAAGUUUAAUAUAUAUUCUAAACAAUUAUUUCCUCAGACCUAUAACACAUACACACAUAAUAUAUCGAAAAAGAAAAAAAAAAAAUGUACAUAUAAUAUUAAUUAUUAUUAUUGUUCUUCCUUACCUUAUCUAGAGGAUUUUAAUAUUGCAAGGGACAAAAAAAGUGCCUUCGCAAUUUAUAUGAAUCAUAAAAAUGACCAAAUAAAUGAACAAAUAAAUAAUGAUGUGUCGAAUAUAACCAAUGUUGACCAUAUAAGAGAAAAUCAGGAUCAUAACAUAUUUACAGAUUGUAAUAAAAUGAUAGAGCCAAAAAAAAAAAAAAAAAAAAAAAAUAUUAAAAUGAAUAAAAUAAGAAUAAAAGUAAUGAAAGAAAAUAAAAUGAAAAAUAAAAAAUUGAUGAAAAAUAAAAAUACAUUUAAUAUAAAUCAACAUAGUACAUCAAAUGGUAAUAAUAUGAUGAAGGAGGAGGGAAAAAAAGAACAAAAAAAAAAAUAUGAUGAAAAGGAUGAUGAUGAUGAAAAGGAUGAUGAUGAUGAUGAAAAGGAUGAUGAUGAUGAUGAAAAGGAUGAUGAUGAUGAUGAAAAGGAUGAUGAUGAUGAUGAAAAGGAUGAUGAUGAUGAUGAAAAGGAUGAUGAUGAUGAUGAAAAGGAUGAUGAUGAUGAUGAAAAGGAUGAUGAUGAUGAUGAAAAGGAUGAUGAUGAUGAUGAAAAGGAUGAUGAUGAUGAUGAAAAGGAUGAUGAUGAUGAUGAAAAGGAUGAUGAUGAUGAUGAUGAAAAGGAUGAUGAUGAUGAUGAUGAAAAAGGUUAUGAUAAUGAUUAUGAUAACCAUAACGAUUACCAUAACGAUAAUUAUUAUGGUCAAAAUGAAUUUAUUCAAAUUUCAUCGAAUAAGGAUUAUAAACAAACACUUAUUUCAAACUCACAAGAAAUAAAUCAUAAUUAUAUUUAUGAUAAAGAAAAAAGGUCCUCAAAAACAUAUAUCCCUAAUAAUAUAAUACAAAACAAUAGUAAUCAGGAAGAUAUUCAAAUUGAUGAUGUACAGACUGAAGAAAAUAAAAAGAAUAAAAAAAAGAAAGAUGUUGAAUUAAAUAUAAUCAGGAAUUUACCAUUAAUAUCAAUUAUUGGUCGACCUAAUGUUGGUAAGUCUACCAUUUUUAAUCGACUAACUCGAAAAUAUCAAGAUGGUAGUAUUGUUUUAGAUGUUAGUAGUACGAGAGAUAAACUUUAUGGAGAAGUUGAGUGGGAAGGAUAUAAAUUUGAACUUGUGGAUACAGGAGGUUUAGUUUUUGAACAAGAAAAGUUUUCAAAAGAAAUAAAGGAUCAAAUUCUUAUGGCUCUAAAAGAAUCAUCAGUUGUUAUUUUUGUCGUUGAUGGUAUACAUGGUGUGGACCCACGAGAUAUCGAAAUUUGCCGUUUUUUAAGAAAAUAUAUACUUUUGAAACAUCCACAAGGAAAAUAUAUAAAUAAAAAGGAACAACAAAUGGGAAAUUCAAAUACACAUGUUAAUACAAAUAUAAAAGAGUUAUAUAAUAAUAAUAAUAAAGAAGAAGAUGAUGUAGAAGAUGAUGUAGAAAGAUAUGACAAAAUUAAUCAGUGCCAUAUAAAGUAUAAUAUAAAAAAAGAAACAUCUAAUAGUACACAUAAGAAUGUUAAAAUUUAUCCUAAAGAAGAUUAUAAAAAAUUACACCUAAAGGUUAUAUUAUGUGUAAAUAAAUGUGAAUCUUAUAAAGAUGGUUUUUAUAAAGCACAAGAAUUUUGGUCCCUUGGAUUUGGUAACCCUUUUCCAUGUAGUGGGAUCCAUGGAAAUGGUCUUUCAGAAAUUCUAGAUGAAUGUAUUAAACAUAUAGACAAAAUAAAAAUUAAUGAAGAACAUGAUGAUAUAAAUGAACAAAAUACUAUAAAUAUUAGUUUUAUAGGAAAACCAAAUACUGGAAAAUCAAGUAUAUUAAACAAAAUAUUAAAUUGUAAUCGUUUUAUUGUAUCUCCAUUAGCUGGAACAACCGUAGAUUCUAUUGAUGUUCUUGUAAAAUUAAAACAAAGUGAUCGUAUAUAUCGACUUAUUGAUACAGCAGGAAUACAGAAAAGAAAAAAAAAUGUACCAUUUAAUAAUAAAACGAAAUAUGAAUAUCUAUUAUAUAAUCGAACAGAAAAAGCUAUAAAAAGAAGUGAUGUAUGUAUUCUUGUAAUUGAUUCAUUUAAUGGUAUUAGUACUCAAGAUAUAAAUAUUGCUAGAAAAAUCGUACAAGAAAAUAAAAGUUGUAUUAUUUGUUGUAAUAAAUGGGAUCUCAUAUAUAAUAAAAAUGAUAUUUUUAAUGAUACCAAAAAUUAUGUUCUAAAUCUACUAAAACCUAUAGACUUUUCUAAUAUUAUCUUCAUUUCGGCUAAAACGUCACAAAGGUUAUUAAACAUAUUUCAUCUUGCUGAAGAAACAUAUAAAAAUUAUACAAAACGUGUUAAUACAAAUACUCUUAAUGAUAUCAUAAAAGAAGCAUUACUCCUAAGACCACCCAUACCUAUUAAAAAUAAAUCAUUAAAUAUAUAUUAUGCUUUUCAAUCUCAUAUUAAACCACCAAGUUUUGUCUUCUUUUGUAAUUCAGAAAAAUCAGUAUAUGCUAACUAUACAAAAUAUUUAGAAAAUAAAAUACGAGAAGCAUUCGACAUUAAAGGUACACCUAUCAAAAUUUAUUACAAACAAAAAAAAUUAAGAAAAAUUAUUAACAAAGAUAAAAGACCUGAUAAGUAUAAUCUAGACAUACGUGCCAUACAAAAAAAUUUUGAAAAAAUGCAAUCUAUAAGAAAAACAUGA